UCUGAACAGGAGCCCGCCCUCCACCCCUGACACCAUGACCCACUGCUGCUCCCCUUGCUGCCAGCCUAUGUGCUGCAGGACCACCUGCUGCAGGACCACCUGCUGGAAGCCCACCUGUGUGACCAGCUGCAGCAGCACACCCUGCUGCCAGCCCUCCUGCUGUGUGUCCAGCUGCUGCCAGCCUUGCUGCCGCCCAACUUGCUGUCAAAACACCUGCUGCAGGACCACCUGCUGGAAGCCCACCUGUGUGACCAGCUGCUGCCAGCCCACCUGUGUGACCAGCUGUUGCCAGCCUUCCUGCUGCAGCACACCCUGCUGCCAGCCCACCUGCUGCGGGUCCAGCUGCUGUGGCCAAACCAGCUGUGGCCAGACCAGCUCCUGUGCACCUGUGUACUGCACGAGAACCUGCUACCACCCCACGUGUGUCUGCCUGCCUGGUUGCCUAAACCAGAGCUGUGGAUCCAGCUGCUGCCAGCCCUGCUGCCGCCCAGCCUGCUGUGAGACCACCUGCUGGAAGCCCACCUGUGUGACCAGCUGCAGCAGCACACCCUGCUGCCAGCCCUCCUGCUGUGUGUCCAGCUGUUGCCAGCCUUGCUGCCGCCCAACUUGCUGUCAAAACACCUGCUGCAGGACCACCUGCUGCCAGCCCACCUGUGUGACCACCUGCUGCCAGCCCACCUGUGUGACCAGCUGCUGCUAGCCUUCCUGCUGCAGCACAUCCUGCUGCCAGCCCACCUGCUGUGGGUCCAGGUGCUACCAGCCCACCUGUGGGUCCAACUACUGCCAGUCUUGCUGCCACCCAACAUGCUGUCAAACCACUUGUAGAACCACCUGCUGCCAGCCCACCUGCUGCCAACCAUCCUGUGUGACCAGCUGCUGCAGCACACCCUGUUGCCAGCCAACCUGCAGUGGGUCCAGCUGCUGUAGCCAAAUCUGCAAUGAGUCCAGCUAAGCUUUUCUGAGAAACAACAUUCUGACACAGAACUUUGUGACCAUCUUCUUUCUACCAUGCUUGGGAUUCUACUGAAGGUAUACAGUCUACUUUUCUUUAAUUUUAUUCUUCUUUAUUUCCUCUGGAUUAAUGUACCAGAUGGUGGUCAGUCAGCUCCACCUAAUUGAUAUGGAUACAUGGUCUCAGCCUCAGGAAGUGAUCAUCAGCUUUUGCCCCUGUGGAACUUAAAAAAAAAUUCUUAUGACUGUAUAUAAAACUCUCUAUAAUGAUCAUCCUUUUAGAUAUAUGCAUUUUAUUUAGUAACUUCUGCCAGAUUACUAAACUCUUUUGUGAUCGCUUUUAAUUGUCUCCCUACCUAGU